CCGCCUCCGCCUUCGCUCGGUUCUUUCCGGAUAGUCGUGGCUGCGCGGGGCUCCCCCUGCCGGCACGGAGGUGGCGCUGCGGGGCGGGGCCCCGGGGAAGGGGCGUGGUCAUGGAUAAGGAGGCGUGUCCAGCGGGGGAGUCGCGCACCCGGUUCCCACGUGGUUCUGGUUUCCCGUCUCUCCCCCCCGUUCUCGGGUGCAAUUCCAGGAGACACGGCAGGCGUCCCGGAAUGAAAACCUCCUGUGACAUUUUGCCACCUACCAAGAAGGACGCGGUGUAGGAUGAGAGGCGGAUAAUAUCGCCGGGACCCACUGUAAGGGUCCCGCCCGCCGCGGGCAGAGCGUAGCCGGGUCAUUUGCUCCUGCCAGCCCCGGCAGGGUCUCCGUGCGGGCAGGAAGGCUAGGCAGCGCGACACCAUUGGGGGGCACACCUUAGGGGUUACCAGGGUUCAGUUUAGUCCACAAGCCAUGCUGGGGUGACACGAGGACACUGGCAGGUGGCAGGUCCCCAGUCCCACGGAAAGGCUGGUAGCUCACGGAGGUAACUGCGGUGCUGCAGGAGACCCCGUCGGGAGCACGCUGCUCUGCCGGCACUGACACUGCUCAGUAUUGCUGCGUGGGGGGGCUCGGCCCCGUCCUCACCUUCACACACAGCCAGGAACUCAAGGGAGCACCUCCUCCCCCCUCUCGCACCACUUGUUUUUCGGCGCUGCUUGGUCCCAGCUUACGCAGCUGGGUCCCCCCAAAAUCAAGUGGGCUCUGUGCCCCCCCCCCGUGUGGCUUCACCGCGGGGCAGGGCCGGCGCGGCGUUCUCGGAGGCAGCGCAGGUGUCGGGAGCCGCGUGCGGUCGAUGACGACGCCGGGAGCCGCCGGGGGGUGACCGCCUCCUUCCUGCCCUGGCGGCGAGGCGAGCGCGGGGCCGCAGCUGCGGCAGCAGCGCCAUGUGCCAGCGCCGCCGCGAGGGACCGGGGAGCCGGCACCUGCCACCCCCCGCGGGGGCUCCGAGCGGCCCGGGAGGGGAGCACCCCAAGGAUGGGGGCUCGGAGCUCUGCAGGUGCAGGUGCUGGUCCCGUGAUUGAUGUUGCUAUGGGUUGGGGUGAAGCCUGUCCACAUCAGGAUUGAUCUUGCCGGGCUCCGGCAGCAGAGUUAGAGGCCUGGGGGCUACAGGAAGGGCCCCCGCAUCCCCGGUGCUCUGGGGGGGCCGUCUCCCCCUCGGGGACAUCCGGGUGGCAGCCCACUGUGGCGAGGUGUGUGACGCCAGAAGCGGAGCCGAGGUUCAUAUUUGGGCACGGAGCAGGUUAUUGGAGGCCGCGGCCCCGCAGCCGGGAGAUGAGGCGCCUGAUAAAGACUGCGCCGGUGCUGCCGCCUGCAUUGGAUCGGGCACCGGCGAGAGCUGCCCUGGCUGCGUUGGGUUGGGGCCGGUGGCAUGGGACCGAUGGUGUUGCUGGGGCUGCUGCUGUUCACGCAGCUGCCUGGGGGUGAGUGCCGGGAGGCUGGGAUCGGGGCCGGGCUCGGCAGCCUCGGUGCCGCAGGCUCCGGGGAGCUGCGUCUGGUGGGCGGCGGCGAGCGCUGUGCCGGGCGUGUGGAGGUGAAGCACGGCGGUGAGUGGGGCUCCGUGUGCAUCUUCGACUUCGACUUCGAAGAGCGAUGGGCCACGGUGGUGUGCCGGCAGCUGGGCUGCGGCCGGGUGGCCAAGGCGUCGCCGUACGCCCCGUUCGGGCAGGGCAGCGGGCGGAUCUGGCUGCAGCCCUUCUUCUGCCGCGGCACCGAGGAUGCGCUGCAGGAGUGUCCGCACUUCGGAUGGGGAGAGCACUUAUGCGGCCACGAGCUGGACGUGGGGGUGAUCUGCACAGAUGGCGUGGAGCUGAGGCUGGCGGGCGGUGGCAGUCCCUGUGCCGGAAGGGUGGAAGUGAAGCUGCAUGGCCGCUGGGGCUCGGUGGGAGACGACAUCUGGAACAUGAAGGAUGCCGAGGUGGUUUGCCAGCAGCUGGGCUGUGGCUCGGCUGCCGGAGCCUACUUCGUCCUCGACCGCUUCAGCCCAGGGGACGGGCCAGUCAACCUGGCCAUGGUGGACUGCAAGGGCUUCGAGGCCACGCUCUGGGACUGCAAGAUCCGUGGCUGGGGACCCUAUAACAUCAGCUUCCGUGACUUCGACACUGCUGUGGUCUGCACAGGUUUUUCCCGGCUGGUUGGUGGUGACGGGGCCUGCGCCGGGCAGCUGGAGGUGCGGCAGGGCAGGGCCUGGCUUGGUGUCUGUGAGGAUCAGGUGGACGUGAAGGCGGCGCAGGUGGUGUGCAGGGAGCUGGGCUGCGGGCCGGUGCUCUCCAUCCCCGGCAGCGGCCGCUUUGGGGCGGCAUCGGGGUCGCUAUGGGACGGAGGCUUCCAGUGCCAUGGCACCGAGCCCCUCCUCAGCGCCUGUGCCCGGCGUCCGCCCCGCGGCCGGGGCUGCAGCGGCCCUGGCAGCGUCAUCUGCUCCCCCUACACGGGCUUCCGGCUGGAGAACGGCAGCUCGGCGUGCUCCGGCCGGGUGGAGGUGGAGCUCAGGGGGACGUGGGGCUCCGUGUGCGCCAGCGAGUGGGACCUGCCCGAUGCCCACGUCCUGUGUCCCCACCUGGGCUGCGGGAGCGCCCUCGGCGUGUCCCCGGGAGGCUCCUUCGGCAGCGGGGAGGGCCCGCUGCGGCCGGACGCCUUCGGCUGCAGCGGGAGCGAGCGGCACCCGGGCGAGUGCCCCGUGACCGUGCUGGGGAAGCCGCCCUGUGCCCCCGGCAACGCCGCCGCCGUCAAAUGCUCAGGCGUUGUCGAGCCGCUGCGGCUGGUGGAGGGUGAGACCCGGUGCGAUGGGUGGCUGGAGGUGGCCACAAAGACCGGGGCCAAACGCCGUGUGCCGGGAGACCUGUUGCUUCUACGGAAUUUCAGCAAGGUGUGCUGGGAGCUGGGCUGUGGAGAACUGGACGAGAGCAACGCUGUACCCGGUAAUGUUACCCUGAAGGAUAUCGAUGCGACGGAGAGGGCCGUCAUGGAAAGCGUGAUCAUAACCAUCCUGGGGAAGACCACUGCGCUGACGGAGUGGCCAGAUGAGCUGCCCAGUUACUUAUUUCAGGACCAGGUACCAACUUACUUCUUACAGUGGCUGACCACUGCACCUGCUGGCGUCCCUCACGGCACAUACCUUUUCUGUUCAGGUGGGUGUCCCGAGAAGGGCCGGACGUGGCGGUGCCCCAGGCAGCCAUGCCAGCGUCGCCCUUGUGUACCCGCAGGCAGCCGCCGGGUGAGGCUGGUGGGAAGCUCCGGGCGCUGUGCCGGGAUCGUGGAGGUCUACUGGGGCGGCGGCUGGAGCAGCGUGUGCCAGGAAGGCUGGGACGAGCGGGACGCUGCCGUUGUGUGCCGUGAGCUGGGCUGUGGCACGGCCCUGGAGGCCGCGAGCUCGGAGCGCUUCGGUGCCGGCACGGGCCCGCUGUGGCCGUACGCGCCCGAGUGCUCCGGGAACGAGGAGUCUCUGUGGCAAUGCGGGCGCUCGGAACGGCGCGAGUGCGGGCGCGGCGGCGGGGCAGGGGCCGUGUGCUCAGGUGAGCGGCGGGCAGCCCCGGUGUCCUACAACGGCACCCGGGGCCGCGUGUGCGCCAACGGCACCGGCCCCGGCACCGCCGGCACCGUCUGCCGCCAGCUGGGCUGCGGGGACCGGGGCUGGCUGUCGGCCGUCGCCGGCCCGCAGCCGUCCCGUGCCUGGCUGGCCUGGGUGGGCUGCGAGAACGGGAGCCGCUCGCUCUGGGGGUGCCCCUCGGCAGCCUGGCACCUGCAGAGCUGCGGCGCUGGCGGGGACGCCCACGUGGCUUGCGAGGAGGACAGCGACGGCACCGCUGAGACAAACGCCACCUCAGAUCCAGAGGGUGCCACCAGCGCAGCCACAGGUGUCCCCAGCAGAAGCACCCUGGCAGUGGCCAUGGAGACUGUGCCUGUGCCAACCAUCGUGUACGCGGUGCUGGGGACGCUGCUGUGCCUGACCCUGGGUGUCCUGGCCGUGCUGCUGUGCCGUGCCCGUGCCCGGCAGCGAGGCGCUGGCAGAGCUGCAGAUGCCAUCUCCAACGCUGUCUACGAGGAGCUGGAUUACAGCGCCAUGCCGAAGCACCUGGAGGUGCCCAGUCGCCCAGGUGCUGUACCAUGUCCAGGUAGGACACCGCCACCGGAAAAAGCAUCCCAAAAAAAACACUCCCAGGCCUUGAGCUCGGGUGGCUUCUCUGCUUCCUGGAGAAACCGGGCAAGGGAGAAGAGCCGGGAUAGCCGCCCGUAUCUAGCCACUGCCUCCAGCACCCCUAGGAUGGAUUCCAAAGGCAACGUCCGAAGCGGAAACAAACCCGACGCCAAGGCCGCCAGCUCCGGGAAGCCGGAAAAACCCAACCCUGGGCCUGCCACCAAUGCAGACAAGAAGGAAGCCCCCAAAGAGCAGCCAGCUCCUGCCACGGCCACCAAGAAGGCAGGCGGUGACGCCGCCAUCGCCAACAACCACAGCAACCUGAAACCCAGCCCCGCCGCCACGGAGACGCAGGAGGCCAGCGGCCAGUCCCCUGACUCUGACCACAAGGGAAACAGCUCCGAGGAGUCAUCGGGCAGCUUCUUCGACAACAUGAAGCCCUUGAUCAUCGUCGGAGGAGUGGCGGUGGCUGCGCUGGCUGUGGUUCUGGGAGCGGCACUCCUAGCCCGGAAAAAAUGAAGACGGAGACGGGGUGGGGAUAAGAAACCCAGCCCAGCUGUACAGCUCCUUUUGAGACAAAUGCAUGCAGAGAAAUUCUAUACAUAGCUAUAUAUAUAGAGAGCGAGCUAGAUAGGUCAACAAGAAACACCAACUGCAACUCCAGGGUCUUGUUCAAGACAACUGUGCCAUUCUGACCCGCUGUGGGUAACUCCAUGCACUCAGUGUGUUCUUUCAUGUAAUAUAUCUUGGCUUAUACUGCUGUGUAUAGAUUACAGCUUCUCCUGAUCGGUGUAAAUGACGGUGUCCCCUCCCCUCCCCUGCUGUCCUCCCUGGGAGACACCCCCCCUGCUCUUGCAGUCCCGUUUUCAAGUCCAAAGUGUUCUACGUCCCAUUCGGAGUCCCAAUUUGUGUUUUUGGUUUCUGUUUGGUUCUGUUUUAACUUGGGCUGUGGUAAAGAAGAUGGAAGGGGAGUGCUAAGGGCCGGCUCGCCUGUUGCACUGGGGCUGGGAGUGUUUUUCCAGCCUCCCCCCGGGAAAAGGGAAGCACAGGGGCAGUGGCAGGGAAGAGGCAGCUCCCUGACCCGACAGCCACGGGCUAUCCCUAAUCAGUGUCUGUGUAUCCACCACGCAUCAUCCCACCUUGGAACACCCACCUGGGAAGUGCUCCGGAGGAACCAGGGUGGCUGCAGGUGGAGACUGCAUCAUGGCAGAGCCGAGUGUGAGCCUGGCAUGUCACAUCAGGUCACUCUUCUGGCUGAGCUGCCUGCGGGACAGUGACCAGAGGGGCUGUGCUGUGGCCCGGAGAAGUCCCAUUGCAGCCUUCAGGAACCCAGGGCUCGCCAGGGUCACGUGGGCAGUGUUUGGGAUAGAGAGACUUUGUUUUGGAUCUAGUAUUUCCUAAAGUUAUGCUGGGCUUGGCAGGGUGCUGUGGCCUCAGUCCAAGCUCCCUUGAGGUUGGCUGGACUAUUUGUGUUCAUUUUUUUGGGCUUUGGAUAAGGCCUUUCACUGGAUUUUUGCCCCCACUGAAGGCUGUGGUUUCUCAGCACAUGGGAAGACAGGAAAAGGGGGAGAUAUGAGCUGGUGUUAGGGGCAGAGAGGACCUGGGACCCCACGAAAGUGACACUGACCUACCUGCUUAAUACCAGGGAAACCCCUUUCAAGAGCACUGGAGUCUGUCCUGGGUGGAUUUCUUAACCUCCCUCUUGUGACAGUAGUAGCAGGGAUUUGUAACUUGUCCACACUUUGGAAAUGGAAACAAAUUCCCAGCCCUCAGGAGCAGCCUGAUUUCAUGGGUGAGUACACUGGCUCUAAAGCCAGACUUUUUGAGGGGAGGAGAGAGGGUGUUUAGUGCUUUGGCUGAUGCUCAGCACUAAACAGCAGGAGGUGAGGAGAUCUACCUCUGAAAGCUUCCAUUAGGCUUCUCUUGGCUGCUGCAAAACAGGGUGUUAUAAAAACCUCUCACAUUUUGGGUGUCAGUUGGAUCAGAGAUUAAAUGAGGUCCAGUGGGAACUUGGCAGUGGCCACAGUCCAUGGGCAGGGGCAGGAGUGAUGGUUAGAAAGAGGCUGUGACACAGUGGGGUGAGUUGUGUUACAGAGCCUGUCGUGCACCUUUAACUGGGAUGGAUGGAUGGAUGGAUGGAUGGAUGGAUGGAUGGAUGGAUGGAUGGAUGGAUGGAUGAAUUCAGGGGCUGCAGGGGUAGAGGGAGGUGUGGAUUCCUCAGGUGCUGCCUAUGCAGUGUCUGCCUCUGGCACAGUCCCUACAGUUCUUCUCUUGGCUGAUGUCCGGCUUAUUUACCUCCAAACCUGACCUGCUGAAUGCACAUCGUCUUGGAAUGCAUGGCUACUCCUAUGGUGAGCUCAGAAGAUGUUCCCAAAGGUGCAUGGCCUCUGGGAAUAUCAGACACCGUGUCCUGGUGUGGCUGGAGGUUGAUGCCUCCACCUUUGCCAGCACAGAGACAGGAGUGGGCGUGUUGGGCUCACAGGAGUUUUGGGAAGCAGGGCUACAGCUCCAGGUGAGAUCCUGGUAGCCUAAAGCACUUUUGGGAUGAGCUGUGGAUGUGUCUCCCAGCAGCAGUGUGUCACAGCCUGGGGAAGGGUUAGAAGCAGAAGGGUUCUCCUCUCCCCUCAGAUUUCUGCAGCACAAAUUUGCAGGGCAAUUUUCACAGGGAGUUUUGCUUAUGUUGCUCAGAAGGAAGGGAAAUCACUCCCUCCUGCUCUGGUUCAUGUGUUGCCAAGUAGGGUAGUGAUUUUCAUACAGUGACUUCUGUUUUCAAGAGAUAUUUCUACCUUUCCUGUCCCCUCCCUCCCUGUCAGCUCUGGCCUAGGAUUGUUUUUAGCAGUGUGUGACAUUAGGCACAGCAUCUAUCUAUUCUGCCAGCAUAGAUAGAUUGGGGGAGGAAGGUGAAGCGCCUGCUUCACUUCAGUCUCCAGUUUUAUUUUCUAAAAUGUUUUUAUUUCCUUGUCUUCACCUUUGGCAACAGAAGAGGGGAAAAACAGUUCUCAGCCAAUGGCCUUAACCUUUUUUCCAUCUCCCAACCCUGCCUGCCCUUAGAGCACUCAGAUUCAAGGCCACCAAUUUCAUCCAGAAACACCACAGAGGUGGUGAUGGGGCUGCAGCUCCUCAUCGGGGCACAUCACUCAUUCGAGCCCUCCCUGCACAGCAAACCUGGUAUGUCCUGUUCGUAAGGGAUUUCUGAACGUGGUCUGUCCUGUUCCCAAGGGAUUUUCCACUUCCUGUGAUCACUUAACAUUCUGCUGUCCAGGUUCUGCACCUGGAACCCACCUCUUUGGCAGUUUGGUUUGAAAACAUCUGUCUGUGCCUGUGUGUGUGUGCUUUGAAGCACACCCUGCAUGUACAAACCUUUGUGUUGUAUUGCUGCAGUCUGGGGGAGGGAGAGAAUCCAAGCUGGAGAUGCCCCUUCCUUCGUUCCCUGCAUUCACUCCAAGUGUCUGUGAUGUCUUUUCUGUGCCGUUCCCACCACGCCAUGCAGCUCCUGAAGUCCUUUCCAGUCCUGGUUUCUCCUCAGCGCAAGGAAUGUCUGGCUGGUGAAGCGCUGAGUGUGUGGUGUGCUCGGAGCCCCAAGCCCCUGCUCCCUGCCUGGGUAGUCGUGUGGGCUCUUCACUUUAAAAUGAGGCACUUUUAGACUAUCCUGGGCUGUGCUGUAGAGCUUUUCCAAGCGUGGGUCUAGUGCUGAGCCGGGCAGAUCCAGCCUAGAUGGCACAGCACGCUGCAGCCCUGACUUGCAAAUGCCUCCUGUCCUGCCUUACUGUGCCAGGCUGUGCAGUGCUUUCGUUCUGAGCCAAAAAUGUCCAGCGAGCACUGGGCCGAGGGAGCAAAUCCCUCUCUCUCAGCCCCAAAUCUGUCGAAGCAGAAGGCUUAAAUGACUGACCUCGCUGUGCUAAAUAAAUAGUUGUCUUUUCUCGUACUGAGCACACGCCGUUUUUUGCUUGAUGUCCUUCUUUGUGUGGUUUUUGUGGUAUGAAGUCCUUCCAGUGACAUCUCCGUGGGGAGAGUGAAUUAACACUUAAAACUAAUCAGAGUCUGUGCUUGGGGUUUGAAGAGAUCUAGAUUGCUAGUUUACUCUUUUGAUCAAGUCGAUAAAUUAAAUAUUGGCAAAACUGGUUUCAGACCUUUCAGCUUAUCACCAAAACUCUCGAUUGAAUCACUGCACCCGAUCUCAAUCUCUCUUUAGGGAAUCAUAAAUUUUAGUUGAAUAUAAAGAUGUCAUUUUCCUGUCUUGGACAAGUCAGUAGAAGGUUUUUGCUGCUUCUAUUUUAAGAGAGAUGAAAUGGAUUAUGCUUCUGCUUCCUCUUCCUACUGAUUUAAUACCCUGUAGAUAAGUCCUGUUAUUCCUAACAGUGCUGCAGCAGGAUGAAAACAAAUCUGGCAGCCAGGGGAUAAUGCAGCAGCAUUUUUGGGAGGGAAAGAACGAAUUCCUGCAAGUGCUGUUUGCCUGAGGCUCACUUAAAGCCUUGAAGCAUUUCUUAGUUCCCUCGGGCUGGGUGAUAAAUUAAACAUCCAUUUGUCUCUGAUGGACUAAAGUUUGAAGGUUGAUCCAUAGAAUACUGAAAACAAGGGGGAUUUUCCCAUUGGCUUCACCAUGCUCUGGCCUUUGAGGUCUUGUUGGCACCAGGGAUAUGAUCACAGGUCAUCAUAAAAUCAUCUCAAUUACACAUUUAUUUUUAAAUUGACACAUUUCUUAGGCUGAGCGUAAGGGAAGUGUCUUUUCUUAGGCAGCCCUGGUUAUUCUGGCAUCAGGAUUUGUGUAUGAACAACAGCAGUGCAACCAAAAACUUAUUGGUGAGUGCAACCAAAAACCUGGAGCUGGUGAGAGAUGAUUUAUGCCUUAAAAUAUUCCCUACUUUUCCUGGAAAUGCUACUGGGGUUUAGAAUUCAGCAGCCUUCUAACUAUUCUUAGAAUUUCUUGAAAAUAACAGUGCUGAAGAUUGGAGAGGACAAUGAUUCUUCGAGAGAUAAACUAAAAAAGGAAGGCAAUGGAAAAAUACAUUUGAAAGGUGAAAUUCUUGGAAUUUCAAUCAGCUCCAUGGAAAGCUUCAAGUCAGUGAAGAUUCUGAGAGGGUGCAAAGAACAGAACAGAGAAAUGGGGAGAAAAAGCACUAUUUAAUUAUCUUAAUAGCUUUGGUAAGGACAUGCUAACUUUUAUAUCCUCUUCCCCCCCCUUUUUUUUCCUCAGAAAAAGGCAAAAAUUACGAGCUCCGGUGUCAUGCAAAUUAACCUCUGCUAAUUGCCUUUUCCAGAAGAAUUCCUGCUGGCUCUGUGCAAGGUUAAAAGGUUAGAAAAAUACCUGAAGUUUCCUACAACCAACUUUGCAUUAUUAAGGGGAAUUUUCAGGACAUUAGGAAGGGCUGUGUUCUCUUUUCACUUGCUUUGCUAUGCCAAGGACUGCAAAUGCAGCCUGCUCAGACUUCCAUUCUCCUGGUCCAUCCUUUAUGCUGGAGCAGGAAUGCUGAUUCCCUUCCCAGGCCUUGCUGUGGUGUCAUUCCCUUCACCACAAAGCUAGGAGAGGUCUGUAGGGGCAAGAAGCAGCAUCACAUCAUAUUCAUGAGCUGGCUGCAGUUCUGCUGCACAGGUUGGGCACUUCCAGCCACAAAGAGGAAUUAGCUUUGAUCCAGAGCAUAACUCUUCUGUAUUCCAGUAAAUUCUCACUCUGGCACAUUGGAAUUGGGAAUAUUUUUUGCUGUUUACACUGGAGGUGUUUGGUUCUUUACUCUUUUGGGGAGAAAUCUGUUGAUGCUGAGGAUCUGUUGGCACAUUUUGGAUCUUAGGAGUGACACACGACUGACAGCCUCAAAAAGCCUUGGAGCCUGUGCCCCCAUCCAGCAACGCCUGGAGGGUUUAAUCCUCUGAACAAAGUGGGCUUAUGAUGACUUUUUCCUCUUCUUUCUGAGACCAUCAGUCCAGCCCUGUAACCUGCUUUCCUUUUAAAUUCCCUGAUUCCUGGAAUGUCUGCUCACACCAGAUCUUCAGCUGCUACAAACUACAGGGUUCCUUUGGUUUCUGAUCUGAUUCAUUACUUGUUCUUGCCUCCUUCUUCGGCCACUGCUCUGUAUUCUUCCCUUUCCUUUCCCUACUUUAUUCCCAGGCAGCUCUGCAGAUGUGGCCUCUCCAAAGCCCAAGGCUGAGAAAGAUUUUGGGUUGGCUAAGGCAGGUUUUGAGUGGUCCCCCAAAAAUACAGGCAGUGGUGGGGCCUCAGACUGUGCAUCACAGCAGAGAAUGUAUGAAGCUUUGGUCUGCCCUCACCUUUGAGGAUCUAAGUCUGUCAGAGGCUGAGUGCUCGUCUGCCACAGGAUUUGUAGUGGAUGACAAAUCUCCAGGAAGGUCCUGUUCUUGUCCUUCCCUGUCAGUCAGGUGUGAGGUGUUCUGGCUGCCUGAGAGGGGCUGACAUGGUGUGAGCACACACACCGUGCUUGACUUCAGCCAGAGCUCCCUCAGCCCUCUGGAGCACCAAAAACAGAGGGAAAAGAGAAGUUUUGAAGUUGAGGAUAUGUGCUUCUGCUGGCCUGGAAGGUUCAGCUAUUGUGCCAGGGAUGAGGGUGCAGGAAGUGCAGUCUCAUCUGAAUGAGCUAAUCAGGUGUCACUGGGUGACAGAGAACUGUAGGACUUCUAGGCCUCUAAAAUUCACUUUUCAUUCAAUUUGCUAUAGUAGGCCUCAAAAUCCUGUGAGAGAUUAGAGCCUUUGGCUUCCCAAAUUCAUGAGUCUGGAUCUACCUUGUGCUGUAGUUCUGCUCCCUCCUCUGGACAGUGUGUGCUCGGAUAUGCAGUACUCUGGGACUCAUGUCCUCUGCUCUUUGAUGCUCUUCAAAUUAAAUAGACUUUUUCUGCUGAAAAGCAUAACUUGGGUUAAAUAGGCUUUGGACUGGCUGUUCCUGUUUCUCUGCUGUUUGUCCUCAAACAGUUCCAUGAAUUUUCCAUUUCUCAGCCCCAGUGCAGCCUCCCAAGCAUGGAAGUACAGGUUCUUUCUGUCUGUGUGAUGAUGCUGCAGCACCAAAGCUCCCACCAGGACAAGAGGAAUCUUUAAUCACCUUUCCAACAGUCAAGUCCUGCACCGUAUCCCUGGUUUUGCCACAGCCACUUCAAGCAGCCAAGCUUCUGGGGCAAGCUGAUGAGAACAAGGGUGCCACACAAUUUUGUUUGGUUUAAAACCAACCAACCAGGGAAUAAUUUGGCUUUACUGAGUUUUGAGCAGCCCUUCAUAACCCUGGUGCCUUUUCCCAGGACUAUUUCAACUGAAGCCUUUAAAAGUUGCACUUCCACCUCCCCUGGAAAGCAACUCUUUUCCAGUGGUAGGUGCUAUAAGGUUGUGGAGGAACUAAAAUUACAGGAAGGGAACUCGAAGGUCAUAUUACAGGGAAUUUUUAUUUUGUUUUUGGUUUGUUUGGAUUCUGUUACUUCUCCAGGGACUAAUCCAAAGCCCUUGGAAGUUAGACUGAAAUGCCUGCUGUUCCUUUGGAAGCCUCAGGCACCUUUCCAAUGAUGUCGGUGGGUUUUGAGUCAGCUCCUGAGUGUGUUUUCCAAACAAUAGGAAUUUUCCAAGUGACACCUUGAUUUCUUCCCUGUACAACCAGACCUGCUUGUCACUUACACAUCUUUACCUGUGUUCAACAUACAGGUUUGGGGUUUUUUCUUUUGCUCUCAGAAACUAUAUGCUGCUAGACACAUUUCCUGGAGGGAAAUGGACACCUACCUACACACAAAGCUAUCCAGCUAAUUUAUACCUUGUUGAAUUUAUAAUCUUGUCUAUGCUUCUAUGGACACUUUGUAUGGGCUGCAGCUCAAAUCCUAAAAUAGUCAAGAAUUUUUUCCUUUCCCAUAUAGUAUUCUAUUUACUUUGACUUUGAAAACAAAAAAAGCGUAUAAAUGCAAUAAUGCAGGUAGACUAGAAAUACUAGAUUGAAAAUUUAAAGUAGUUUAGCUUGUCCCAUUGUGACUGACAGUGUUGUAUGACACCCAACGCUGUACCCUGACAUUUUCCAGGCUUUCUCCGUAGCUGAAUCUAGUAUUAGCUUUGGAAACCCAUUGUGUGAGUGGUGGGUGGAUGGGUCGGAAUCGUGUGCUCUCUACACACUGUAUGUUACUCACAUCACAAGCUGUAUGGCCACUCCAUAUGCUGUGAAACUGUAAAUGAUUCCCAAAUACACCUGUAACUCUUACCAGGAUUGUGAGAAAUAAACUAUAUAUAGAGAUAUAUACACACA